CCUGCCGCCCCUCCUCCCCCCUCCAGCGCCCGCUCUUCUUCCUCCGCGCCCGGCCCCUCGCGGGUCACCGGUCCCCUGCAGCCUCCGCCCCUGGCUGUGACCGCCCCGGCUGCCGUCUCCAGGGCGCGGACCGACGCGGGAAGCGGGUCGGCGAGGGACGGGGACACAGUGCGCCGAAAUCCAUGUGGAAUCCAACACUGGGAGACAAUGCUGCGAGCGAAGGAAGGAAGACAAAAAGCUAAAGGAGCAGCCCUGCCCGUCGUUCCGAUUCUCCAGAAGUUCCUGAGAACGUACGAGAAGCACUGUGCACAGACUCGGACGUCCGUGUGCCCGGCCGUCAAGAGGGACCUGAAAGCCGGCAUUGACAAUGGACAGAUUCUCAGGAAGUUUUUUCUUACAUUCCAGUUUAUACUUGUAAGACCUGAUGACUCCCCGCCAAGCAUCCCACCGAUUUCCUUGGAACCUUUGCUUAUGACAAUUCGAGAAGAGUGUUACACGCUGGGGAAAGAGAUCUGCAUCUGGGGCCUUCAACUGAGCAACCCAGAGAUUGCCAGACUCGCUUUGCUUCUGGAGUUGAAGGGGCGCAGCACCUGCCCGUUUACCACCCUAGAGCUCGUUGAUUGCAAGAUGGAUCCGUGGUCUCUCGGGAGACUUGGGGAGGCUCUGCAGUUCAGCAGUUUGCACUCUCUUGUCCUGGAUUACUGCAACUUUGGAAUUGAAGAAAUUGAGCGUAUUUUCUCAGGCCUGGAGAACAACCAAAGGCUCCAAGGCCUCAGCCUGCGUUACUGUGGUCCGGGGCCACGGAGCGGGCCGGCGCUGGGCUCGGUCGUAAGCCAGAGUGCUGUCCGUGAGCUGCACCUCGACGGCAAUUACUUGCAAUGUUCUGGAGCUCUGGCUCUGCUCAGACCCCUAGCAGAGUAUGCAGAGAUGCAGGGCAAAGGCUGGCCCACCACAUCCUCACCAGACGCCAGGAAUCCCCCUCAGCUGCUCGGAGUCAGCCACAGAGCAAGUUCAACUUUGAACCCGAUUACAAAGUCAUCUGGAGCUGUAACAGUGAAAACUACUUCAGGGAAGAAUAAGAGAAAGAAAGGAAUCAAGAAAAAAGUUAAAGGUUUGACUGAAGCUGGUCCUUGGUUAGUGAAAUUGCAUUUGGCAGAUAAUGGCAUAGAUGGAAAAGGAAACGAAGGAGAAAAAGGCUUCUUGGAAUUCACUCAGAUUUUAACAUGCCUGAUCAAAUACUCUGCCCACUUAAGGGAAAUUGACCUUGGAAACAACGGCCUGGGAGAAAGGGCUGCUGCUGACAUACUUGAAGCACUGCGAGCCAGAAAGGCAGGUAAACUGCCAGUCUUAAAACUUACAGUCACUCCUCAGAUCUCCUCAGACACCUUCCGAUCUAUUUGGAAAAAUAGCAAGAAAUCUUAUAUUACCCGUAAAAAGAAGAAAAAGGACAGCUACACAAGAAAAAUAGAAAAGAAAAAAAGAUGAAGACUUAGGACCUCUGUAUUUUGAAGUAAAGAAAAAAAAGUCAUUCAUUCUAUGUACAAAUGUAACAAGCACUGGCAAGUUCAUGAAACCAAACUAACUGUGGGGAUGGGUAUAGUAAAUUAUGUCUCCUCUUGAGGAUCUUAGCAUCUAGCUAGGAAGACAAGAUCCUCACACAUUAAAAGUAAACAAUAAUAGAGCAUAAGAGUUGAAAUAAUAUGUCAUUAUCGAGGGUAACAAAGGCUAUAGAGUAGUGAGAUCAAUUUAGCAAAUCUCCAGAAUUUAAAUAUCCAAUGUGUGAGGCCUCCUGAGAAAUUAUUCCUGAUUUAAAAAAAAAAAUUUGGAAAAAAAAUGGAAAUUUGCCACUGACAUCCACUGGGUGAGAGUUUAAAAUCUGUUUCUCUUUAGGGGUCUUUUGGCCGUGUCUAUCAAAAUGAAAAA